GCAGUUCACAGUUUGAGUAGCCGUACCAAAUACAACAUUAUCUUUGUAGACUCUGCAAAGACGGAACGCUUUAAAUAUAGCAGGUAGAGGUUAAAAAGCUGAAUUUAUCUGUUUUUGCAUUCGUAUAUGCAUGUGUGAGCGUCGGAUAAAUCCUGCACGUGACCGGAAGUAUACGUCUAUUGUAAUGUCGACUACAUCCGCAAGAAGCCAGCGUAGUGCAGGGAAGCACGGAGGUGCAAGACGAGGGGCUGGUCGUCGGAAAAUACAACUAGACACAGAAUGCAAAGUAGUAAGACUGGAACGAUCUACUUACGACAGACUCCUCGCUUUGAGAGAUCGCCUACGCUUGCCCAGUUUCAACUCGCUUGCCGAAUUUCUUUUGAGGCGCGUACUCAACUGCAGGUUAGCUUGCUUGGUACUUCUGUAUCAAUUCACGAAUAACAGUCAAAGCUUACGCUUUUUCAGCUGUCAGCCAUUGUCCACUUUUCUACCGGAGCCUAAUGCGAUUGGAAAGUUCAGCCACAGCACUUCGAUCGACGCACUAUUCUCAACACCGAUAUGACUCUAUUCUUCAAUCUAGGUGACGAUUCAGCAACAUUGGAGACUAUAGCUUCCCAUUCUAGAGAACGUACAGACCAGUCUGACUGUUUGAUAGCUGCAGAUCUUCGUGAUUUAGACACAUCUGUCAGACACGUAGAAGAAAUGAUUUCUACUCCUGUACGGUCAGGCAAACUCAGUUCAAGAAGACCUCUGUUUCCAUCUACACUUAGUCCAGUAAACUCUGCAAACUCUCCAUGUCCCUCUGUGAAUUGUUCAUCAGGUUCUGAAACAGAUGAUGAGAGUAAUGAAGAUCAAGAACCUAGAAGAACGGCUGACUUGAAGACUUUACUGACUACACUAGAUGAAUCUGACCAGUCAUCUGAAGAUGAAUACCGAUAUGAAAGUGACACUGAUUGUACUUCUUCUGAUGAUGUUGAUGAGCUUGAUGCCAGUUAUCUGGAUGACAUAACCUUGUCCCCAAGCACUCACCAUGCUUCAUCACAUGACAUUGUCGAUGUCACAACCUCACCUGUCGGAAGCAAGGAAGUUCUCGAUGAUCAGUUGACUGUAAAGGACAUGAUAAGAGUGUUUGUUAGAGAGGAUGCAUGUAAAUUGCUUAUAGUGUCAUUCUGAUAUAAUAAUGAGAAUAAAGGAUGUUGUCUUUCUUCAAUAAAGAGCAUACAAAACAACCACUUGGGGUCACACCCCUUGCAUCUUGUAAUCUUAGAGUUUAUUACUACUGACCACUAGAUUUGCUUCGUUUCAGGUACA